AUGAGCUGCCCUGUGACGGGAAGCCCCGCUUUGGGGGCCCCUAGCCUGCCCAGGGAACCCAGUGUGGCACCUGAUGACCUACUCAGUGCCCUCCUGCUCUUGCAGGUGCAAGCUCUGGAGCAACGCAACCAGCUGCUGGAGACCCGUUGGAGCUUCCUCCAGGGCCAGGGCUCAGCUACCUUCGACCUCAGCCACCACUACGAGACAUUCCAGAGCCGGCUGCAGGAGGAGCUGCGCAAAGUGAGCCAGGAGAGGGGACAGCUGGAGGCCAACCUGCUUCAGGUGCUAGAGAAAGUGGAGGAGUUUCGCAUCAGGUAUGAGAACGAGAUCUCCAAGCGCACAGACCUGGAGUUCACCUUUGUCCAGCUGAAGAAGGACCUGGAUGCUGAGUGUCUCCGACGAACUGAACUGGAAACCAAGCUGAAAGGCCUGCAGAGCUUCGUAGAGCUGAUGAGAGCUGUCUACGAGCAGGAGCUGAAAGACCUUACAGCCCAAGUGAAGGAUGUGUUGGUGACCGUGGACCUGGACAGUCGCUGCCACAUUGACCUGAGCGGCAUCGUGGAGGAGGUGAAGGCCCAGUAUGAUGCCAUUGCUGCUCGAAGCCUGGAAGAGGCAGAAGCCUAUUCACGAAGCCAGCUGGAGGAGCGAGCAGCCCGCUCAGCAGAGUUCGGGAGCAGCCUCCAAAGCAGCCGCUGCGAGAUCGCAGACCUCAACGUGCGCAUCCAGAAACUUCGGUCUCAGAUCCUCUCCAUCAAAAGCCAUUGCCUGAAACUGGAGGAGGACAUCAAGGUGGCCGAGGAGCAAGGCGAGCUGGCCUUCCAGGAUGCCAAGGACAAGCUGGCCCAGCUGGAAGCUGCCCUGCAGAAGGCCAAACAGGACAUGGCCAGGCAGCUGCGCGAGUACCAGGAACUGAUGAACACCAAGCUGGCCCUGGACAUCGAGAUCGCCACCUACCACAAGCUGGUGGAAGGGGAAGAAAACCGGAUGGACCAGCCUUCUGCUACUGUGGUCAGCGCUGUGCAAUCCCGAUGCAGGACCACUGCCUCCAUGUCUGGCCUCUCCAAGACACCCUCGCGGAAGAAGAAGAACCGCAGUGGUCCUGUGAUCAAAGUCACUGAAAUCUCAGAGAAGUACCUCUCCCAGGAGUCAGAGGCCUCCGAGUAAGACAGUGACCCCAGGAGCCUCCAGUCACUUCCAUUGCAGCCAGAGGGACUCAAGCUAAACUCGAGGAAGUGGCCUAGGACCUCCAGGUUGGGAGGGGAGAUCCUGAACUGAGAGGGGGGUUCCAGCUGAGGUUUCACUUCUCUGGAUUCUCUGGAUGGUCUGUGCAGGUGAGGGAGCAUUGUCCUCUCCUUCCACAUCAGGGUCUCGCUCACCACUUCCAACCUCCUGGACACAGCUGUCUUUGUCCUGGCUGGUAAGGGGGAACUUGGAGUCAGUCGCCUCCUUGACCCGCUGAAACGCCUCUUCCCUCAUAGCUCUGACAAGGUGCCUGAAUUUUGCCCAUCGCUUGCCCUGACCUUCUGCCUCAGCCUUGCCUCACCACAGCCUCAGAGCUGAGGCUGCCAUGCUCACCCACUAGCCAGGCCACAGCCUGGGCUGAAGGACAUACUGGAUUGUGUCCCAUAUGUGGAGUUCCUAGAGACCAGGGGCUGAGGAGUCUGGCUUUCCUGCCCUUAGGAUCCCCAGACACAUGACAGUAUUGGGGGACAAGGGAAGGAAAGGCCUGGUGUGUUAGUCAGAAGCCAGAGCCUCAGAAAGGCCCAGGUACCUGCCCCCACCUUCUUCUAGGGACUAAGAUAUCAGCCAAACAAGGCUCCAAAGCCAUUCUGGCCAUGACCAACAGCCAGGAGCAGAAGCCACAGACAACAACGUGACCCCAGGCCUUGCCCUCACCUCCCUGCCAGUCUGGGUUGUGCCACCAUCCUGCAGUCUAGGCUCUGCCCCCAGCACAGGUCUCUCUAAGAGUUGGCUUGCCUUUGGUACAGCAGGCCCUAGAGCCCUGGAGCCCACCCUGCCAGAAAUGUCCAUUCCCCCAAAUCUCACUUCCAAGGACCUCUGUUCUAGCCCCAGGGCCAAUGAUCAAGGAUAUUCCACUCAGCAGCCCAACUCUUCCUAGCUCCUCCCACCCCAUCCCGUCCAUUCCUUCUUCCAAGCCUACUCUCUCUGUCUCUGGCUGGCCAUGAGGAAGGCUAAGCCUGAAAAGAUCUUGAAGGUUCUUAGCCACAAGUUGGUCCAGGAAACCCCAAUAAGGGUCUUCAAAGGACUCAACCCAAGAGAGCCAUUCUGCACCCACAAGGAUGUCUGGACUUGGCUAGCGAUCCCAUGUCCUACCCUUGGCUCUCAGCUCUGGGGCUUACAAGGCACAGCAAUGCCAGCCUCCUUCUCUCCUCCCUUUCUUCCCCUCACACCCAUGUCCUGGCUCCUGCCUCACCUCCUGUCCUGGCUGCCUCCCAUUCCUUCAUCUCAUUCUCCAAGACAGGUGUUCAAGGCCCCUGGCCUUCCAAGCCUGCAGUGGGUGCUGAUGGGCCACUAGCUCUCCCAGGCCAAGGAACCCAGUGAUAUAUUCAACCCAGAGUUCCCAAAGAGGAUGCUCACUGCUGCUUUCUCUCAAGCUACUAUCAGUUUCCAAGGGAACAAACCCUCAGUGGGGACAUGAACUACAAAAAGUAUAUAUUAUUUUUCAUAACUUAUAUGGCUUUUAACUUAUUGCUUCCCUUCCUGUUUCUGCAUGAUUAGCACUGGGUGUACUAUCAGGAUUUUAGAGAACUCACUCCAGCCACCUACUUGCUGGCUGACUUGGUCAA